ACGCCGCCACCCUAAAGUUUGUCCAUCGCGUCAAGUACUUCGGGCGCCAGCGACAGAGCUAAAGUCAAUCAAAACCAAAUGAUAGUGUCCCCAAAGAGUGUCAACCAUCCGAUUCGAAAGUCGGGCAGCAAAACGCGGUCAAUAUGGAUCAACUGGUUUGGCUUUCGUUUUGCAUUUCACUUGGCAUUUCGCUCCUGGGCAAUUUCUCCGCUGGCCUGCCGUUCGAGGAUGGAAACAACAACAAUGUCAAGAUCACCCGCCGCAGCUUGGAGCUGACCCAAACCAUCAAUAUCCAGCGGCAGGAGUACAUGCAGCGGCAAUGCGAACUGCUGGGGGAUCACGCGCAAACGCUGGAGGAUCUCAGCGAGCUGCAGAUGGACCACAUGAUCGUGGACAGGGAGCACAAGCUGCUGUACUGCUAUGUGCCCAAGGUUGCCUGCACGAACUGGAAACGGGUGCUGAUGAUGCUCACGGACAAGUGGCACAACGGAACCGAUCCUCUGCAGAUUCCGGGCUCUUUGGCUCACUCCGUGGGGAUGUUCACUAAGCUGUACGAUUUAUCCGAGGCGGAACAGCAGCAGGUGCUCAGCGAGGAGUAUACACGAUUUAUUCUGGUGCGACAUCCCUUCGAGCGGCUGCUGUCCGCAUAUAGGAAUAAGUUGGAGGGAGAUUCCCCCAGUGCCCGGUACUUCCAGUCGCGGGUGGGUCGCCAAAUUGUGAAGGAAUUGCGUCCGGGUGCCAGUAACGAUUCGCUGGAGCACGGCGACGAUGUCAGCUUUGGGGAGUUUAUCCAAUAUCUGGUUACGCCGGAGCUAAGUCGUGCCAAUCAGUCGGAUUACAACGAGCACUGGGAGGUUAUAGCCAAGCUGUGCAAUCCCUGUGUAAUGAAAUACAAUGUAGUUGGCAAAUACGACACUCUGCUGGACGAUUCCGCCCUGGCUCUCUACUUGGCUGGAGCCAACAAUCUAACAUUCCCCACUGGCCACAAGCCAUCGAGCACUCGGGCCAAUCUGCGCACCUAUUUCGAUCCCCUUCCCAUCGGUGCCAUACGCAAGCUGUACGAUAUCUAUGAGGAGGACUUCCGGCUAUUUGAUUACGCAUUGGAUGAGGUCCUCGGCUUUGAGUUUGGCUGAUUGUGAAUACCUGCUCUCUCUCUCUAUAUAUUUCCAAGUCUCCACCAUAACGCUUUCCACUGGAAAAGAUUGUGAUUUUAUGCUAGGAUUGAUAGAAUUAAGUGCACUUCAAUGCGAAUAUUGUUUUAGUUCUGUUUACCUCCCCGCGCACAAAUGUUUCCAAGGAUAUUGAUUGUAGUUCUUAGUAAGUAAUGCUUGUUUUUCUAUGGUUUAGUUAGUUUAAGGAACAGCUAUGACAUGUUCAAAAAGUGUCAUUCAUUAGUAAUUAAUUUAUACAUUAUGAAUGAAAUAUAUUUUAAACAUAUUAAAUGUA